GCCCUGACCGACAUGGUGGUGUGGAUUACGGGAGCGUCAAGUGGCAUUGGCGAGGAGCUGGCUUUUCAGUUAUCUAAACUCGGGGUCUCUCUGGUGCUGUCAGCCCGAAGGGUGCAGGAGCUGGAGCGGGUGAAGAGAAGAUGUCUGGAGAAUGGCAACAUAAAAGAAAAAGACAUAUUGGUUUUGCCCCUUGAACUUGCUGACCCAAGUUCCCAUGAUAUGGCUACCAAAGCUGUUCUGCAGGAGUUUGGGAGAAUUGACAUUCUAGUCAACAAUGGUGGAAAAGCCCAUGUGUCCUUUGCUGUGGAUACCAACCUGGAUGUCUUCAAGAUGCUGAUAGAGGUGAACUACUUAGGAACAGUGUCAUUGAUCAAGUGUGUUCUACCUCAUAUGAUGGAGAGAAAGCAAGGGAAGAUUCUGAUCAUGAACAGUCUUUCGUUAAUUGUGUCCCACCCACCCUGCAGUGGGUACACUGCCAGCAAACACGCUCUUUGGGGGUUUGUUAAUGCCCUCCGAAAUGAACUUUUGGACUAUCCAGGUAUAACAUUGUCUACCAUUUGCCUAGGACCUGUGCAUUCUAAUAUUUCCCAGAAUUCUUUUACUAGAGAAGUCACUAAGACCAGAGGGCCUAAAUCCCGGGAGCUUCCCAAGAUGGCAACAAGCCGCUGUGUGCACCUCGUACUAGUCUCCAUGGCCAAUGAUCUGGAGGAAGUCUGGAUAGCUGAGCAGCCUGCCUUGUUUUGGACAUAUGUGUGUCAGUAUGUGCCAUUCAGGAACUGGAUAAUUCAAAGACGCUAUGGAAGAAAAGUAUUGAAACCUUUAGGAUUAACAUGGUGCUUAAACUGCUGUGGUAUUAUGGGGUCACCAAGAGAUAGUUACAAGGGCUCUGAUCUCAGGAACCAGAGUGUGCACAGUGAUAGGAGCCGGGAAGAUCUUAGGCACAGCUUUACCAGCUGGAGUGUAGAAUGUGGAAGGAAGUAG